CUCUAAGAAGAAGAUGAAGAACAAGAAGAAUAAUAAAAGGUAGGACAGCUUGUUUGCGCUUUUGGGACGAACUUCAAGGGUUUGAGUUCUUGAUGUACGUCUGCCAAACCGGAUUGUGCCCUGUGUUUCUUGUGGGAUUUGUGCAUUUAAUAGGGAUUGCUUUACUUGGCCCUGUUCCUCGCAAGCACAGGGAUAAGGUUCAUGGCUGGCUUAAAGGAGCUCAAGAAAAAGUUAGGAAACUUGUUUGAUGCUGAUUCAGGAUUCCAUCAUGGCAUUGACUUGGAUUCUUGCGAAUCAUACAAAGUAUCAGAUGGCGGAACUCUUAACUUACUAAGCAGAUCAUGUGGAGUCUACAAUAUCAAUGAGCUUGGUUUGCAAAAGAAAACUGGACUGGUGGAUGAAACAGAUAGAUCUGAGAGGACUUAUCGUUGUGCGUCGCAUGAGAUGCAUAUAUUUGGAGCUAUUGGGUGCGGUGCAAGCAGUGUUGUUCAAAGAGCUAUUCAUAUACCAGUUCAUCGAAUUUUAGCACUAAAGAAGAUAAAUAUCUUUGAGAAGGAGAAAAGGCAGCAGCUUCUCAACGAAAUACGAACUCUAUGUGAAGCCCCUUGUGCUCAAGGUCUAGUUGAAUUCCAUGGUGCAUUUUAUAGUCCUGAUUCUGGACAAAUCAGCAUUGCAUUGGAGUACAUGGAUGGGGGGUCACUUGCAGAUGUGUUACGAGUACACAAGUUCAUAUCCGAACCUAUUCUUGCAUCUAUGGUUCAGAGACUUUUGCAGGGACUGAAUUACUUGCACAGUGUACGACAUCUAGUCCACAGAGAUAUCAAGCCUGCAAAUUUGCUUAUAAAUCUUAAGGGGGAGCCAAAGAUCACUGAUUUUGGUAUAAGUGCUGGUCUAGAGAAUUCAAUGGCAAUGUGUGCAACGUUUGUUGGCACUGUUACAUAUAUGUCACCUGAGAGAAUUCGAAAUGAGAGCUACUCAUAUCCAGCUGAUAUAUGGAGCCUUGGAUUGGCAAUCUUUGAAUGUGGAACUGGCGAGUUUCCAUAUACGGCAACUGAGGGACCGGCUAAUCUCAUGCUUCAGAUAUUGUAUGAUCCAUCACCAUCACCUCCAAGAGACUCAUUUUCUCCAGAAUUCUGUUCAUUUAUUGAUGCUUGCCUACAAAAGGAUGCAGAAGCUAGGCCAACUGCAGAGCAGCUCCUAUCACAUCCGUUUAUUAGGAAAUAUGAGAACAUAGAAGUGGACCUAUCAGCAUUUGUGCGAAGUGUUUUUGAUCCAACGCAGAGGUUAAAGGAUUUAGCAGAUAUGCUUACUGUACACUACUACAUGCUAUUUGAUGGCCCUGAUGAGCUUUGGCAUCAUAUAAAGACUAUGUAUAAUGAUAAUUCAACUUUCAGCUUCUCUGACAAAGUUCAUGUGGGUUCAGAUAAUAUCUUUGGAAAUUUGUCAGACAUACGUAAGACUCUCACUGGUGACCAACCCCGUGAUAGGCUCGUGCACAUUGUAGAGAAACUCCAGUGUUGUGCCCAUGGCCAGGAGGGGGUCGCCAUCCGUGUAUCUGGCUCGUUUGUUGUUGGUGGCCACUUUACAAUAUGUGGAAAUGGGGUUAAUGUGGAAGGUGCUCCAAGUUUCCAAGAUCUUUCUAUUGAUGUUGAGAGUCAAAAGAUGGGGAAAUUUUAUGAACAAUUUAUCAUGGAACCUGGUGCAGCCAUUGGAUGCUUCACUAUUGCAAAGCAAGAGUUGUAUGUACUCCAAUGAGUGGUCUAUUUAUUUAUCCCACUUUGAAGGCCAGCAUUUUUCAGACGAUGAACUUUUUAUGGUUUGGUACUGAUUCCAUGUGAAGUUGACGUUUAGUAGUAGCAGCUGUUUAUGACCAAGUUCUAUGGAAUUUGAAUUUGAGGCACUUUAUGGGUGCCUGAGUCUUCAUCCACUGAAUGUGCUGUUAUGUUUGUAUAUACAAACUACUUGGUGGCAUUUCAUUGUAGAAAAUUUGAAAGGUCUGAUCGUGUAAAAUUAAUUUGCAAUAAGUUUUUGUAUCUUAUGCCAACUGACAAAGAUGUCAAAAGACAUUCUGCUUUUCUGUUUUC